AUGCCUAGCAAGAAGGUCAUCAAGAAGAAGGUUGCUUCUGUCCCAGCGCAUCUUCGCGCACAGGUCCAAACCAAAGAAGUUAAGAACCCACUUUUCGAGAAGAGAGCUCGCAACUUCCACAUUGGACAAGACAUCCAACCAAAGAGAGAUGUUACCCGCUUCGUCAAGUGGCCGAAGUACAUCCGUCUUCAGCGACAGAAGGCUGUCCUCCAGAAGCGCCUGAAGAUCCCGCCAAGUGUCAACCAGUUCAGAACUGCUCUUGACCGUCAGACUGCUAGCCAGACCUUCAAACUUUUGGACAAGUACCGUCCAGAAUCUCGUGAGGCUAAGAAGGAACGUCUUCGCAAGCGUGCCGAGGCUCGCGCCGCCGGAAAGAAAGAAGAGGUCACCAAGAGACCAAAUGUUGUCAGACAUGGAGUGAACACCAUCACCCGCCUUGUUGAGACUCGCCGUGCUCAGCUUGUCCUGAUCGCUCACGACGUUGACCCAAUCGAGAUUGUUCUCUUCCUUCCGGCCCUCUGCCGUAAGUUCAAUGUUCCAUACGCUAUCGUCAAAGGAAAGGCUGCUCUCGGAACCGUUGUUCGCAGAAAGACUGCCGCUGCUCUCGCCAUCGUUGACGUGAACCCAGAAGACAAGUCUGCUCUUUCUAAGAUCGUUGAAACCGUCAACAAUAACUUCAACGAGCGUGGAGAGGAGAUCCGCAAACACUGGGGAGGAGGCGUCAUGUCUGCCAAGUCCGAGGCUCGUAAACUUAAAAUCGAACGUGCUCGCGCUCGCGAUCUUGGAAAGGUCUAA